AAUUUUCGAAGUUUUUAAAUUCAUCAUAAAGUCUCAAGAUAAUCGUGAUUUGUUUUUUUAAUAUUUCUAACUCAACACCUGAACUUUUAUUGAUACUGAAUAGCUUAUUGAAAUCUCAAAAUGUUUUUGUGUCCCAUAACAAGACGGGGAAAGAAGAAAAAAUCAACAAAUGAUAAUGAGAAAAAUCUGAAUAACUCCAAUAACAACUCAAUAGGAAUGGGAAGAAUUACCGGAUCGGCAUCUAUCGAAACAUUAGUUCGUGUUGGUAUUGAGAAGGAACAUGGCUUAAGUCCAGAUUCUAAAAUGGUUGUUUUACAUGACUUCACGCCUUGUGUUGACGAUGAGCUUGAAGUGAAAAGAGGACAGAUUGUGAAUAUUUUAUAUCGUGAAAACGAUUGGGUAUAUAUAAUUGGACAAGACACGCGACAAGAAGGAUUCAUUCCACAUUCUUAUUGUGCACCUUAUAAUACUCAUUUGGCUGAUUUAGCCAUUAAGAAGAAAUUGCCCAGAAAUAGUAGCAUUCCUGGUGUUGAUAAUCAAUUAAGUGAUUAUAAUGACAUGGUGGAAUCUCAUCAAGUAAAUGAUAUGGUGGGAUUACAGAAUAAUUUAAAACAUUCUCAAGCGAGUUUGAAUUCCGAGCCAGAUUACUUGCCAUUCUCUAAGGAUCCCAGUGGUAGAUAUAUCGUACUAUACACAUUCAUUGCACGCGAUGAAAACGAUGUUUCCGUUGAACGGGGUGAAUUUGUAACAGUUCUAAACAAAGAAGAUCCAGAUUGGUAUUGGAUUGUACGAACAGAUGGUCAGGAAGGAUUUGUGCCAAGUGCCUUUGUUUAUCCUGCUGAAAAUAUCUUACAAAACCAAGAUACGCCACAUAAUCCAAUUAAUAGCAUGACAAGUCAAUCAACAACAGCUACAGCUAUGAAGAAUGUGAACAAUAAUUCAUCGAAUAUUGGACAUCUUUUAUCACUCAACAACAAUACUCAAAUCAACACACUGAACAAUAAUAGUGGCGGUAGUUUCAUGCCAGCAAAUAAUCUCAAUAAUAACAAUAAUCAACAAUGUCAAGCGAUUCAAAUUCCACCUGAACCUGCACAACAAAUGCUUCCAAACGAUGAUUCGAGAUAUCACGGAACUGAACUUGUGAUGCUUUAUGAUUAUAAAGCUCAAGCUCCUGACGAUUUAAGUGUUCGAAGAGGAGAAUUAAUUUACGCUGAUUUAAAUGCUCAAACAGUUGAUGGUUGGAUUUGGGCAUUCGCUCCAAAAGCACAAAAGAAAUGUGGUAAAUAUGGUUUCAUUCCAAAAGCCUACACACAGCCAUAUCGACAGAAUACUAGUGUUUAGAUAUUUAAUAUUAAUAAGCAAUGUUUACGAUGUUAAUUUUAUUAUUUUCAUUUCUAAUAAAAGAAAAAAAAGAUUUUAUUUUUAACUACA